GUAUAAUUUUUCCAUUCUUUGCUUCUAGGUAUCGAAUCAUUGGCUCCCCUUCCUCGGGUUGUCUCCUGUCGGGCAGUACUGUCACUUGGGAUAAGGAAGCACCUGUGUGUGAGGAAAUCUUCUGUCCAAAUCCUCCCUCUAUCCUUAAUGGGCAGCACACCGGACCUUCUCAGGGAGACAUUCCCUAUGGAAAGGAAAUAACUUACACGUGUGACCACCACCCAGCCAGAGGGAUGAACUUCAGCCUCAUUGGGGAGAGCACCCUCCGCCUCACAAGUGACGAUGAAGGGAACAGGAUUUGGAGCGGCCCUGCCCCUUACUGCGAACUUGCUGGUCCUGCAGAAUGCCCCCAUCUGCCCAAGAUCCACAAUGGGUAUUACCUUGAAAGACCUGCAUCUCCAUAUCUUCCUGGAAUGACUGUCAUCUACACUUGUGACCCAGGCUACUUGUUGGUGGGAAGAGCCUUCAUAUUGUGCACAAACCAGGGAACCUGGAGCCAAUUUGAUCAUUUUUGCAAAGAUGUAAAAUGUAUCAUCCCAGAGUUUAUGAAUGGAAUCCGGAAGGAGCUGGAAAUGAGAAAAGUGUAUCACUAUGGAGAUAAGAUAACUUUCGAGUGUGAGAAUGGGUAUACUCUGAAAGGCAAUCCCCAGAGCCAAUGCCAGGCAGACAACACAUGGAACCCUCCUCUGGCCAUAUGCACAUCUAGUAAAUGGAGCUGCAAGAAACGCACAAGUGCUCUCAUAGUCGGUAUUAUCUUUGGCGUGAUCUUCUUUCUUUCAUCUAUCAUUGGCUCUUAUUGGAUAAUUGUAAAGUGCAAAAAAAGGGACAGUAGUUCCAAGCUCACGUAA